AUGCCGCUUCUCCAGGCAAUGGAGGACACAUGUGGGGACAUACAGGUUGCCUCUGUCCAAGGCCGCCUUCUGCUGAUGGGAUCAGGACUGAGGCUCAGUACCAUUAAUAUCAACCACAGCCUCCUGGACCCCUGGUCUAUCGGGUCCCUGUCCACAGCCUCCUGGACCCCUGGUCUAUCGGGUCCCUGUCCACAGCCUCCUGGACCCCUGGUCUAUCGGGUCCCUGUCCACAGCCUCCUGGACCCCUGGUCUAUCGGGUCCCUGUCCACAGCCUCCUGGACCCCUGGUCUAUCGGGUCCCUGUCCACAGCCUCCUGGACCCCUGGUCUAUCGGGUCCCUGUCCACAGCCUCCUGGACCCCUGGUCUAUCGGGUCCCUGUCCACAGCCUCCUGGACCCCUGGUCUAUCGGGUCCCUGUCCACAGCCUCCUGGACCCCUGGUCUAUCGGGUCCCUGUCCACAGCCUCCUGGACCCCUGGUCUAUCGGGUCCCUGUCCACAGCCUCCUGGACCCCUGGUCUAUCGGGUCACUGUCCACAGCCUCCUGGACCCCUGGUCUAUCGGGUCACUGUCCACAGCCUCCUGGACCCCUGGUCUAUCGGGUCACUGUCCACAGCCUCCUGGACCCCUGGUCUAUCGGGUCACUGUCCACAGCAGACACACACCUUGUAUCCCAGAGGCCCACCUUGGCAGUUAGAGGAAAGGCUCCGCCCCCAUCACCAUGACAGCAGCGUUGCCACGGAACGCUGCCCCCCUGUCUGUGCCUGGCCUGUUGCUCCUCCCCCUGCUUCUGCUGCCCCUCCCCAUCGCACUGUCCCAGAAACCCAUGCUGCCCUCCCCACCCGCCCCCACGCCCGCCCCCAGUACCUAUCUCGGCCGGAGUGUACCCGGAGAGAACACCCUGUGGUCACCUUCCAAGCCCUGAGUCCUUGGAUCACUAUAUUCUCCCACCCGGAUGUGAGAGACUACUCUCAACUGACCCUUGACCUGACCAGGAAUGAGUUGAUAGUGGGAGCAAGAAACUUCCUCUUCAGAUUGAGCCUCAACAAUGUGUCUCUCAUCCAGGCAACGGAAUGGAGUCCAGACGAUGACACCAGGAGGUCCUGUCAGAGCAAAGGGAAGACGGAGGUGGAGUGUCAGAACUACAUCCGCGUCCUGCUGGUCAAUAAGACUGAGGUCAUUACCUGUGGAACCAACGCCUUCCAGCCCCUCUGUAUCACCCGGGAGGUUGGGAAUAUGAGUAGUGUGUUGGAUCGCGUGAACGGCGUGGCAAGGUGCCCCUACGACCCUCGCCAUAACUCCACGGCGGUGGUGACGGAGAGCGGCGAACUAUACGCCGCCACGGUCAUCGACUUCUCUGGUCGCGACCCUGUCAUCUACCGGAGCCUAGGGGGCAUGCCACCCCUCAGGACGGCCCAGUACAACUCCAAGUGGCUCAAUGAGCCCCAUUUCAUCUCAGCCUAUGAUGUGGGUCUCUUCACAUUCUUCUUCCUGCGUGAGAACGCUGUGGAACACGACUGUGGGAAGACCGUCUACUCCCGGGUGGCCCGCGUCUGUAAGAACGACAUCGGAGGGCGGUUCCUACUGGAAGACACCUGGACCACCUUCAUGAAGGCCAGGCUGAACUGCUCGCGCUCCGGAGAGUUCCCCUUUUACUAUAAUGAGCUGCAGAGCACCUUCUAUCUGCCUGAACAAGACCUCAUCUACGGGAUAUUCACCACCAAUGUGAACAGUAUAGCAGCGUCUGCAGUGUGUGCGUUUAACCUCAGCUCCAUCACCCAGGCCUUCAAUGGACCCUUCCGUUCCCAGGAGAACCCCCGCUCUACCUGGCUGCCCACCCCCAACCCCAUCCCCAACUUUCAGUGUGGUACCAUAGAUGACGACGGCGGUCCUAACGAUGGUCUGACGGAGCGCAGCCUCCAGGACGCCCAGCGGCUGUACCUGAUGAACGACGUGGUGCAGCCCGUCUCUGUGGACCCCUUGGUCAUGCAGGAUGACGUGCGCUUCUCCAGGCUGGUGGUGGACAUCGUACAGGGCCACGACACACUCUACCAUGUCAUGUACAUCGGCACAGAGUACGGCACCAUCCUGAAGGCUCUUGCGACCACCAAUAAGAGCCUUCAAGGGUGUUACCUGGAGGAGAUCCAGCUCUUCCCCGCUGGGGUGCAGGAGCCAAUCUUGAGCCUGCAGAUCCUUCAAAGUGAUAGGUCACUGUUUGUAGGACUCAACAAUAAAGUUCUGAAGAUCCCUCUGGAGAGAUGCUCCAACUACAAGACUGAGAUGCUAUGCCUGGAGGCCCGGGACCCAUACUGUGGCUGGGACAGGAAACAGAGGCGAUGCACCACCCUGGAGGAUAGCUCUAACAUGAGCCAGUGGAGUCAGAACAUCACUGUGUGUCCGCUGAGGAACCAGAUCACCAUUGGCGGCUUUGGACCCUGGGCAGCGUGGCAACAAUGCAGCAACGACGACGGCGAAGGCACCAGCACCUGUCUGUGUCGCUCCAGGGAGUGUGACAACCCUCCAGCUCGCUGUGGUGGGAGGAACUGUGAGGGACCCACCAUCGAAGUCUCCAACUGUUCCAGAAACGGAGGCUGGACCCCCUGGUCGUCAUGGGGACAGUGCAGCACCACCUGUGGAACGGGGUUUGAGAUGCGCCAGCGCUCCUGCAACAACCCGUCGCCCCGUCACGGUGGUCGCGUGUGUGUGGGCCCCGUCAGGGACGAAAGGUUCUGUAACGAGGGUGUGUCAUGUCCCCAGCCUAUCUUCUGGUCCCCGUGGGGUUCUUGGACUAAGUGCAGUGCUGAGUGUGGAGGUGGGGUCCACUCCAGGGUCAGGAGCUGUGAGAAUGGGAACAGCUGCCCAGGCUGCGCACUGGAGUACAAGGCGUGUAACCUGGAGGCGUGUCCAGAGGUAAAGAGGAACACCCCCUGGACCCCGUGGAUGCCCAUCAACGUGACCCAGGGCGGGGCACGCCAGGAGCAGAGGAUGCGCUACAUGUGCCGCGCCCAGCUGGCAGACCCCCACGAGCUGCAGAUCGGACGACGCAAGGUAGAAACCCGCUUCUGCCCCAACGACGGCACGGUUGCCUGCGAGACCGACACUCUAGUGGAGGACCUCCUGAGGACCCCUGUGGUACGAGUGGCAGGCGCCGACUGGUCGUCAUGGGAGACGUGGUCCGCCUGCUCCCAGGACUGUGCCAAAGGGUACCGCACCCGCAAGCGCACCUGUACCACCCCAGAGGGCAAGGCUGCCCCGCCAGCCUGCAGGGGCUCACCCGUGGAGUACCAGGACUGCAACUCUCAGGCCUGCCAAGUGAGUGGAGCCUGGUCGUGUUGGUCGUCCUGGUCUCAGUGUUCAGUGCCCUGUGGUGGAGGGCACUACCAGCGUACCCGCUCCUGUAACAACCCCAGCCCUGGCAACGGAGGAGAUAUCUGUAUUGGUCUACACACUGAGGAAGCGCUGUGCAACACACACACCUGUGAUGGCGGCUGGAUGGCCUGGUCUCUGUGGUCAGUGUGUGACAAUGCAGGACUGCAGGUACGCAGCAGGGUCUGUGGAGCUCAAGGCUCAUCCCCCUGUGUGGGAAACAGCACCGAGCACAGGGACUGCAAUGAGAUCCCAGUGAUUCUCCCUGCGUCUGGCUUUGAUAAGGACCAGCAAUGCGGAGCAUUCACCUCGCUGCACCUGAUAGCCACAGGCGUGUCCUGUUUCCUGGGGGCGGGCCUUCUGUCCUUUCUGGCCUACGUGUAUAGCCAGCGCUUCCACAAGCCCUCGCAGGAAUCCGCUGUCAUACACCCCACCACGCCCAACCACCUCAACUACAAGGGCAACACUACACCAAAGAACGAGAAGUACACGCCCAUGGAGUUCAAGACUCUGAACAAGAAUAACCUGCUCCCAGAUGAGAGGUCUAACUUCUACCCAACGCCCCUGCAGCAGACUAACAUGUACACCACCACCUACUACCCCACAGCGCUGGGCAAAUAUGACUACAACAGGCCUGACUCCUCCCCUUCCCCCUGCAGGACCUAUAACAACAGCUGAGACACCCCGCCCCCACCCCCAUGGCCCCCGGCACCGCCCACCCAGACUGAACUGAACUCCACCCCAAUCACAAUGGUGACAGAUGGAAUGGUGACUGAACCCAUCCAUUUUUGCUUCCCUCUCCUUUAUCCCAUGGUAUCUACCAAAUGGUGAGGGGGGUGUAACGGUAUACCUGGAACAUACACUCUGUAGAGGUGCUGAUGCCUCCAUUAGACUCGCUAAGUAGAGCCAGGAUUUUGAUCAUAGUUUGGGGUAUAUUUUGGGGGGUGUGAGUACUGGAUAUCACAGUGUCGACGUAGUGCUUCGGUGGAGAGAUAAAUGAUGAACUCUAUAAGACACUAUAAGCUACUACUGUAUGGAGUUGAACUACUUAUCCCUGUGGAACUUGACAACCUGGGCGCCUUACUGUAGGUGUUGUGUUGCUAUCCAGAGAGGCUAGAGUUGGCCAUAGGAGAAAACUCUUCCCUGGUCUGUCUGGUCACCUCUAUGAUUGAGUCUCUUUUUUUAUUUUAUUUCUUUUUUUUACUCCCUUUUUCAAUCUUGUCUCAUCGCUGCAACUCCCCAACGGGCUCGGGAGAGGCAAAGGUUGAGUCAUGCAUCCUCCAAAACAUGACCAGCCUAACCGCGCUCCUUAACACCACCACUAGCUUAACCUGGAGGCCAGCUACACCAAUGUGUCAGAGGAAACACUGUUCAACUGGCGAACGGGGUCAAUCAAUCAAAUUUUAUUUAUAUAGCCCUUCGUACAUCAGCUGAUAUCUCAAAGUGCUGUACAGAAACCCAGCCUAAAACCCCAAACAGCAAGCAAUGCAGGUGUAGAAGCACGGUGGCUAGGAAAAACUCCCUAGAAAGGCCAAAACCUAGGAAGAAACCUAGAGAGGAACCAGGCUAUGUGGGGUGGCCAGUUCUCUUCUGGCUGUGCCGGGUGGAGAUUAUAACAGAACAUGGCCAAGAUAUUCAAAUGUUCAUAAAUGACCAGCAUGGUCGAAUAAUAACAAGGCAGAACAGUUGAAACUGGAGCAGCAGCACAGUCAGGUGGACUGGGGACAGCAAGGAGUCAUCAUGUCAGGUCGUCCUGGGGCACGGUCCUUGGGCUCAGGUCCUCCAAGAGAGAGAAAGAAAGAGAGAAUUAGAGAGAGCAUAUGUGGGGUGGCCAGUCCUCUUCUGGCUGUGCCGGGUGGAGAUUAUAACAGAACAUGGCCAAGAUGUUCAAAUGUUCAUAAAUGACCAGCAUGGUCAAAUAAUAGUAAGGCAGAACAGUUGAAACUGGAGCAGCAGCAUGGCCAGGUGGACUGGGGACAGCAAGGAGUCAUCAUGUCAGGUAGUCCUGGGGCAUGGUCCUAGGGCUCAGGUCAGUUGAAACUGGAGCAGCAGCAUGGCCAGGUGGACUGGGGACAGCAAGGAGCCAUCAUGUCAGGUAGUCCUGGGGCAUGGUCCUAGGGCUCAGGUCCUCCGAGAGAGAGAAAGAAAGAAGGAGAGAAUUAGAGAACGCACACUUAGAUUCACACAGGACACCGAAUAGGACAGGAGAAGUACUCCAGAUAUAACAAACUGACCCUAGCCCCCCGACACAAACUACUGCAGCAUAAAUACUGGAGGCUGAGACAGGAGGGGUCAGCCUGCGGGAACCUGGCCUUCCACAAGGAGUUGCUAGAGCGCGAUGAGCCAAGUAAAGCCCCAUCGUCCAAACCCUCCCCUAACCCGGAUGACGCUGGGCCAAUUGUGCGCCAUCAUAUGGGACUCCCGGGCCAUGGCCGGUUGUGACACACCCCGGGAAUGAACCCAGGUCUGUAGUAACACCUCCAGCACUGCGAUGCAGUGGCUUAGACCACUGCACCACUUGGGAGGCCUAUAAAUGAAUCUCUAUGACACCAACAUACCCUCGGUCUGCAGCAUCCAUCCCCAUGAUAAACAACCAAUUCUCCCAACAACAAUAGCAGUUACCCAGAACAACCCUACCAGCGCAUAUCAUUAUGUCUGUCCUUCAGUAUGGUGGAUGCGAAUCGGGAGGGAACAAAAAAAAGAACUAAAUUAAUUCAAGAGAUGAAGAGAUCAAUAUCAGUUCUAUUGUGUUUGGAGGUGGAUGGAUGCACUCAGGUCACCUCACCUCAUCAAAUGACACGAGGAGGACAAGUACCUGGGACCUCAGCUCUGCUGUGGCGCCAUGUUUUUGGGUGGUACUAUGGGACCAGGGGAACAGAGGCACAUCCAGGAAUGGCAGCGUGUGAUCUGUUAUAGGAAAAGUGCCUACACUAGACCACAUAGAUACAGACAUACUCACUGCUGGAGAGAAUCUCUAUCUGCUAAUGUCCAAUCAAGGCCCACACCUCAGGCUGGCUGUGUUAUGUACUGUAUCGGUAUGUUCACAAAGGCAAUGUUUCCCAGGGAAUGAUCUGAACAUGGGCUCGAGAGAUGAGGUGUCUGACUGAAAUACAGUGGGAAUCAUCCAGCUUUGGGAUGCUUUGGGUAUACAAUAGAGAGGAUCAUGUGGAGUCAAAUUUGACUUUCUAUCACUUCUUUUUUAUGAUGAUAUAAAGACUUUUGGAAGGAAUUACCUUGGUUCUAGAAUGGAAUGGAUGUAUUCUACUGAGUACUAUACCUACCUACCGCUCAGUGGUCAUAUUAAAUAUGGCCAGUGUGCAGAACUGGACUGCAGACAAUUUUAUAUGAUAUCAUACAAGGUGGGAUAAAAAAUAUAGUAGCGGGGCAUUUUUUUAUGAGGGAGGUUAUUUGUUUGAUGUUCAAGAGAGCAGUAGGAUAGGAGGAAAUCUUUUAUUUCACAAAUAAGGGAUAGCUGAUUCACUUGAGUAUCUCAUCGGUUUCACACCACAACAUAUUAAAAAAAUCACAGCAGCUUAGUAGCCAAUAGGUGUCUGACAAAUGAAAGGACAAUGUUGCUUUAUUACAACCACGUCUUUAUUUUUGAAGGCAUGUUUAUAGAAGGGUCCAGACCUUUAUUUUUGAAGGCAUGUUUAUAGAAGGGUCCAGACCUUUAUUUUUGAAGGCAUGUUUAUAGAAGGGUCCAGACCUUUAUUUUUGUUGUUGCAAUUUCACUUGUUUUUGAGAAACAUACCCCAACCAGCGAGUCACAACCUCAUCCUCGUUGUGCAGUACGGGAGCUCUGAAAAAACAUGAACAAAUGCUCCAAAAACACUCAAAUCCUUUUAGAAACGGAAAACCUUCAGUAUAGUGAUGCAGGUCUUUAGAUAUUGUACACGUGAAAUUGUGUCAUUCCGAACGUUAUAUUCCAUUUUGUGCAACUCAAGCUGUUUCCCCUAUCCAGCUGUUGCAUUCUCCUAGUGGCCUGCUGCUAAAAUGGACGGAGAGGUAUCAUUCGAGUUGCAACUAAAUGGAAUAUAACGUUGCGGAUAAAGUUCGUAAUGGCACAAUUUCAUGUGUACAACAUCUAAAGACCUGCAUCACUAUACUGAGAGGGUUCCUGUUUCAAAAAAGUAUUUUUGGAGCAUUUGUUCAUGUUUUUUCAGAGGAUGAGGAAAUGACUUGCUGGUUGGGGUAAGUUAACUAAAAUAAAAUAAAAAGUGAAAUUGCAAAAAUAAGUGUCUGGACCCUUGUAUAAUACUCCAAUUCAGUACAUAUAAAAUUGAGAUUUGGUUGUAAAAACACACACUAUUCUCCUUUAAGAUUUUACAAAAAUAAAAUAAUGUAGAAGCAAAUAUUCAGACUGACUGUAGCGAAUAUCAAUGUGUCCCGCUCUUUACAAUGCUAAAUCAUGCUUAAAAUGAUUUGGUAUGAGAUUAUUGUUGUGUGCGUGUGCGAGUGUUUGCGUGUGUGUGUGUGUGUGUGCGCGCAUGUUGGCGUGUGUGUGUUUGCUUGCUUCGUAUGUGUAUGCCUGUGAGAGUGAAUAAGGAGAGGAACAGACAACUGUAUGUAUUUUGUACAAUGUAAAUGUAAUUCUUUCUUACAUAUGACUGUGUAUAUAAUGGGAUCUGUAAAGGGGUAUGUGCAUUUUUUCCACACAUUAUGGUGAUAGCACUCCUAAUGUUCCACUGGGUUUCCAUAUGUUCCAUGUAUAAUAUGAUAAUCAUUGUAAGUUAACGAGAGCUGCGCAGUUCUCAUAAGGAAACACUAUUUAUAGUGAAGCUUGGAUCAUAAAGGGCAUUUCAGAAACAGAACUGAGCUAUAUUUUAUUAUUAUGCCCGCUCUUAAAAUGAAUGCUAAUUUAGCAGCAAUGCUUUCAGUUCCACUCAUAGAAAAGGUAUGAUUCGUUCUAAUUCUAUAGUUCCGUUAUAUGCACGAGAGCUCUAUCUGUACAUAAGAGACAGCCUUCGAUCUGCAGAGCAUUAAUGACAUCUAAAGGUUAGUAUAAUGUAAAUGUAUAUUGUUGUAUAGCUAACACUGUUUUUAAAAAAAAAAGCCUUAGUUGAAAAAAAAAAAAAAAGUGCAGCAGCUAUGUACUCACCAACCAUGGGGUUUGUAAGGGGAUAGAGUUUGUCAAUGUGACUGGUUGAUUACGGCCUGGACAACUUCUCCAGCUGUUUUGUAACUUUCUAUAGAUGUACAGUUUGUCGCUUUGGAUAAAAGCGUCUGCUAAAUGGCAUAUAUUAUUAUUAUUAUAUUAUGUAGUAUCUUAAUCCCCGUUUAUACCUGGUGCUAACAUACAUGCCUUGUCCUGAUUGUGUCCACAUCCUGGUUGUGCCAACAUAUUCAGACAGGUAUAGAUGAUCAAAAGACACAUUAUGAUCUGAUUGUGAUUAGAUCUUACUGACCACCUCUGGAGGUAGUCAGGGACUCAUUCUGUCUGGCCAUCUCACAAGUCUGGACAGUGAAACCAUUUAAAUCAUAAUUAUAUUGCCUUCUAAAAGAAUUGACAUGUGUCUUAAAAUAAAUAAAUAAAUAUUAUUUUGAAAGAAAUCCAUCAAAUCAUUUUCAUACAGUGAGGGACCAUGAAAUCUGGUCACAGUGCGGACACGGUGGAUGAAUAAGGCUGCGUUUAGACAGACUGGCUGUCUGACUGGCUGUCUGACUGGCUGUCUGACUGGCUGUCUGACUGGCUGUCUGACUGGCUGUCUGACUGGCUGUCUGACUGGCUGUCUGACUGGCUGUCUGACUGGCUGUCUGUCUAAACUCAGCCUUAUUCAUCAACCGUGAUACGGAUUUAGUUUUUUUACAAAAAAUGUUCACCAGGUAUAAAUAAGGUUUAGAGUAACAAAGACAGCCUGUCCUUUUAGAAGCACUCGUGCCAUUUUAAUACAAAAUAUCACCACAACAGUUUAAAAAACAUAAACAUUUUAAAUGAACAAGAACAAGGCAUAGAAAAUGGUGAGUAGUGUAUAGUUACAGUAUUACGAUAGUCCAUUGACUAGAUCAAAGUAAUUCAGCUGUUUAGAGGAUUUACAGCAACCCCUCCACCCAGUGGUUUUCCUUUUCCCCACUUGCCUGACCCACAUUUUGGGGUUUGUGAUUGGCUCCCCCUAAAUGAUGACUCCCUUUGAUUGUCUUCCUCUGGCCCUGUAGUAAUUUUUGAUUGGGCAAGCUGGAUGUCACAUUGUGAAUCUUUGUCCCCUGAUUGGCUCGGUGCCCUUCUAUGCAACUGACCUGGUGGUACUAUUAGAUAUGUGAUGUAGACUGUAAUCACUGCCUUUUAGACACUGUGAAUUUUUUGGUACUCUAUAUUUUUGUAUAUUGUACAUUAUAAAGGAUAAUAAACCUUGAUGCCAACA